AUGGCGACUAGCUUACCAGAAUUUGCUUCUUUUGACGCCGAGAAUCGGGAAAAUAUCGAAAUUCGAUGGCAACGAUGGUUCAUGCGAUUCGAAAAUCUACUGAUUGCACUCGAUAUAAAAGACAAGAAAAGAAAACGAGCGUUAUUAUUAUACUAUAUCGGUGAAAGUACUCUAAAUAUCUUUGAAACACUGCCCGAGACAGGCACAGAAGACGACUAUGACGAAGCGUGUCAAGCUUUAAAUGAACACUUGAAACCUCGCAAGAAUACAUCGUUUGAAAUAUUCAAGUUCAGGAAAACAAACCAACUUGUUGACGAAACUUUCGAUCAAUACCAUGUACGACUCGUCCAGAAAGCUAAGUACUGUGAAUUCUCAAACUUAGAUACUGAGAUAAAAGCUCAAAUUGAGCUAGGGACCAAUUCCAAACAACUUCGACGAUAUGCUUUCCGUAAACCAAAACUGACUUUGGCUGAACUCUUAGACUAUGGACGGACACAUGAAACUGUUGAAGAAGAUGCGAGCGGAAUUGAGCAAAAUAUGAAUGAAACACCAAUGAAAGAUAUCCACGCCGUACGACGAAAUGCGGCUGCUACAACGCCUAAGAAAAUAUGUUUCUUUUGUGGAUUAAACUGGCCACAUGUGAAUGUUUGUCCGGCAAAGGGGAAAACAUGCAACCAUUGUCACAAGCAAAACCAUUUUGCACGAUGUUGUAAAUCGAAAAUUUCAGCUGGACAGCGUGAAAGUAAGUUUCCUCAGAAAUCCAAUGAACGAAGAUCCCAAGUGAAACAAAUAGACGAACAAGGUACGAAUUCAAGCUCAGAUGAAUAUGUUUACACAAUAAAAAAACAAACCCCUGAUACUAACAAAGUCGUUUUAACAUCUAUCACCACUUCACCCACAGGAGGAACUGUUAAUGAAGUUAACAGUGACUGUCGAAAACGAAAUUUCUACACCCAUAUUAAAAUCAGUGGCAUAACUAUUCGUGUAAACAUUUAUUCUGGUGCCAGUGUAAAUAUUAUCGAUAAUACUAGUUUUGAGAAAUUAACACGCCAGAACAACAUCCACUUGAUGAAAAGCAAAAUAAAACUUUUUGCUUUUGCCACUAACACACCCCUCGACAUCAAAGGGUAUUUCGAAGCUUCAGUUGAAUCAGGAACAAAAAUUACCACAGCCCAAUUUUAUGUGAUAAACACUGAUGCUGGAUGUCUAAUAAGUGGAAACACUGCAAUUGAUCUUGGGUUAUUAAAGCUAAACAAAAUUGCAUUUGUUACAUCUCGACCUGAAACCCAUCAACCUAAGAAAAAUGCUCCAACAACUAGCAAGUCUAGACCUAAAAGAUUGAGAACCUUAUUUUCGAAAUAUGAUCAUUUAUUCCAAGGAAUCGGAAAAGUCCCAGAUUACAAAGUCCAUUUACACAUUGAUAAAACUGUCCAACCCACAAUUCAAAAAGCCUGCAGAAUCCCAUUUACAAUGAGAACCAAACUAUCAGAAGAACUGCGACAUCUUGAAUCAUUAGAUAUUAUUGAAAGUGUAACAGGCCCCACAUCGUGGGUAUCUCCCAUUGUUUGUUUCCCAAAACCCAACAAUCCCGACCAAAUUCGUCUUUGUGUUGACAUGCGUAUACCCAAUAAAGCCAUUUUAUCGCUUCCUUUCCUUAACACUAUGUCAGCCAUAUAUCCUGCAACGAUUAGCUCUGUUUUCUGUGCGCGAACAUUGCGCAAUUGACCAAGUCAGACGGCAACUGGAAUAAUUAUGGCAAUGUGCGUCUUGCGCAACGCACAUGCCGAUUUAUUAAUUUUUUAAAACAAUGAGAUAAUUAUUAACAUAACAAAUUAUAAACCGAAGUUAAUUAUUAAAAGUUCGCACAGAAAAGGUGGGGUAAUAAAUACGCCCACCAUUUAGAAAUUAAUCUAAUAACUAAACUAACUUACAUAUGUAAUAAUAUUGCGUCAAGUAACGGGGAGGAGGGUGGGAUAUCAAUUGACUUCAGCCAGAGAGUUGACCUUGCGCGACCAGAUUGAAGAGUAGAAUGAACUGAUGCACAUAUUGCUGUAGAUUAUAUCACCACUCCUAUCCGCUUCCUGCGCAUUACAUUCAUGUGACUACAAAUUAUCGGGGCUAAUACCCCCGUGUCCCAUUACAAUAGCUCCCUAUCUCUGAAACUAGAUGCAGGAAGCAAUAAAAUCUUUAUUGGUAUGCCAAUAAUUCCUUUAUCGCUUCCUUUCCUUAACACUAUGUCAGCCAUAUAUCCUGCAACGAUUAGCUCUGUUUUCUGUGCGCGAACAUUGCGCAAUUGACCAAGUCAGACGGCAACUGGAAUAAUUAUGGCAAUGUGCGUCUUCAGGGUCGUAGCUAAGGGGGGUGCGGGGGGUGCCGCACCCCCCCAAUGCCGUGCAGAUGAUUUAAAAGUAUGGACAGUAGCAAGCAAAAACGCAAACGGAAGAGAGAGAAACUGACGUGUUUAGUUUGUAAUUGGUCGUUUGAUGACGAUUGGAUGUGCUUUUUUGAAAUUUAUACCAUGUAUUUUAAGGAACUAUUUCGCCUAUUCUAAAAAUAAAUUAUCUUUCUACUCGGAUUUCAUCGUUGUACAUCACUUAAAAAUGAAUACGGUUAGAUUUGACCACGCCCUAACAACGUGCUAGCCACGCCCUUUUGUCGGCAAAAAGUUGUCUUGCACCCCCCGAAAAGGAUAGUCUUCGCUCCGCCCCUGUGCGUCUUGCGCAACGCACAUGCCGAUUUAUUAAUUUUUUAAAACAAUGAGAUAAUUAUUAACAUAACAAAUUAUAAACCGAAGUUAAUUAUUAAAAGUUCGCACAGAAAAGGUGGGGUAAUAAAUACGCCACGAGUCUCCUUGGGUAAAGGAGGCAUACCCCAUCCAAUCGUUACAAGGUAUCAGCAGACAUAGUGAGGUUAAAACCUAUAAAAACAACUCCAAAGCGAAAUCAGUGCGUGGAUUAUUACUGUCAUUAUUAAGCAAAAACAUGAUAAGCGACCGCCGACAGUUUGUGCCCAUGCGUUAAACUGCCAGGGGACCGCCAACCUGCUAAAGCGAACGGUUGUGUAGAAGCCUUGCCCAUGCGUUAGCUUCACAGAGAACGUAAAACAGUGAUUAAAUGACACGUACAUUUCUAGUAUCUUAACACGCACAUUCCUAUAUUAUAUCAAGUCUUGCCCUUGCGUCGACUUGACAAAGUGUACUAAUUACUAAACGGGUUUAUCAACAAGCAGCCACAAUCAAUCCCUACAAAAAGCCCGACCUGUAUAGUCGGAGUGUCUGAUUUAAGUCACAAACUAGGAGCACGAAUAUACUUGCGGAAAGCGUCGGAUUUCCAACGGCCCAUUAGUCGUAUUUGGGCAUCGGAAAAACCGCAUUCGGCAGCAAAUGUAGCCGCGCCGAUGCGAAAACUAUGUCCUUUGUACCUGUUUGCAUCGAGACCGCACGUGCGAAAUAUAAUAGCUAAAUGGUCUGUGAACAUUUUGCGUGAAAUUGCAUGCCCGUCACGAGUUUGAAAAAGAGGGCCAUCAGCUAAACCACGAUGUGCAAAAUAAUCUAGUAAGCUCUGCACUGGGCAUACGUCUGAACGUCGUUGAAGAGUGAGCGAGACGUUAGCUUGGUUGUAAGAAUGCUUAAAAUUCAAAAAUGUUAUUUUUAAACCGCUGACGUUGCCCGCAUUAUCCACGAGUUGAACGACCUGCCUCAAUUGCAGUACGUCUGGUGACCGUGGACAACAAGUGAUUUCGCCAACUCGCAAAAAGGCAAAAAAUGCGGUCGUGCACAUAGCUUUGAACAAGUACCCCCGAUACUCACUCGAACAUAUAGUUGGAGUUUGCUGUAAUACGGUGCGAAGGAUAGGGAGAGUUAUGGGCAAGCGUGUAUCAAUGCAUGACCCAAGCUUACCAUAGCCUUUCAACAUUUCGACAAUCCAAAACACUUUAGUUGGGUCAUUCACCCCUGCAAGACGAUGACAAUAUCCCAGUGCAGAAACGUACGUGUUGGCCGUCGAGGCCGCAUAAUUGCGUUGAAACAUGUACGAAAUAAAUAGGCUUAAGUUGGCGGGCGAUAUAGGCAAUGAGACUAAAGCUGAGUAAAAAACUGCACUUGAAAAUUGGCUAUAUAGUUUCCAGACCCGGCGAUAAGUAGGGACUGACGAUGGCUGUAAACUAGAUUGAAGUAAUUUAGUUGUUAGAGCGGCCAGUUGUACGGGAGUAGUUGGGCUGGUAUGACCGUUGGUGACGAUUGUACACCCACCGGAGCUAGCUGUUUGAACUUCGAAACCUGCAAUCGAGAUAAAGCGUCAGCUAAAACAUUUUUGACACCCGGUACAUGGCGAGCGCGGAAUAAAAUGUUAAAUUUCAAACAAGCCAGCACCAGUCGGCGAACAAAUAUCAUAACAUAUCAUAACAGUCACAUCGCGUGAAGUGGCUUUAUUUAUAAUAUCGACCAACGCCGCAUUAUCCGUAAAAAAGGUGAUACGCUGGUUUCGCAUCUUAUCUCCCCAUACGAGUACGCUGAGUACAAUUGGGUAAAAUUCCAAAAUCGCGAUGUUUAAUUGCCUCCAAUUGGGGGGCCACGCACCGAAAAACCACUCAUCACCGAAUACAGCACCGUAGCCCAAACUACCGGCAGCAUCGGUAUAUAGGUUUAAACUGAAGGAAUCAUUCCAAACAUCACUGAGAAAAAACGAUCGGCCAUUAAAUUCGUCCAAAAAGGACUGCCAGAUGACCAGAUCGGCCUUAACCGAUUUAGUUAGACGAAUAAAGUGGUGCGGGAACUUGAUGCCCUUAGUCAAAUCAAUAAGACGGCGCAAGAAAGCCCGACCAGGGACAACUACCGAGCAAGCAAAAUUAAGUAAACCAGUUAACGAUUGUAUUUCGCGCAAAGUAACUUUUUUGCGACGCAGAAAGCCAGAUAUUAGAGACUUGCAUUUAUCGGUCUUGUCGUCUGGUAAACGGGCUUCCAUGCGCAAAGUGUCUAAUUCAAUGCCAGCAAAAGCGAGAAUAGUUUGUGGGCCGACAGUUUUGUCCGGUGCAAUUGGUAUGCCUAAAUAUUUACAGAGAGAUAAGAAGCGGACAAGGUCAAUGCGACAUUGGUGAUAAGUAGGUGACGCCAUUAGAUAAUCAUCAAGAAUGUGGAUUAGAUGUGGGAUUUGCAAGUGUUUCUUAGCAACCCAUUCGAUAGCAGUGCUAAACAUCUCGAAAGUGCGACAAGAUGACGCACAGCCAAAGGGCAUAACGCGAUCAUAAUAAUACUUCCCUUGCCAAAACAUUCAUACGAGAUCAUAAUCGGAUGGCCUUAACGGGAUAAUACGAAAUGCGCUCUUGAUAUCAGUUUUUGCUAGGAAACAGCCGCGGCCUAAUUGUUUGAUCAUUUUGACGGCAUCAUCAACACGAGCAUAAUGGACAGUCGAAUGCUCGUGAGCAAUGCCGUCAUUAACAGAUUCACCACUUGGAAAAGACAAAUGGUGGAUUAAGCGAUAUUCUCCAGGAGCUUUUUUAGGUACCAGCCCCAAGGGGGAAACGCGAAAAUUAGGAAAGGGUGGACUGUUGAAAGGCCCAGCCAGGCGAUCGACCGCUAAUUCUUUCGAGAGUCUAGCACUAACUAUCUCAGGGUUCCGUUGCACGGAAACGAGAUUAGGACCAAAAAUUGAUAUACGAGAUCCUUCAAAAUGAAGGGGAAAACCAAACUUAAAACCAUUAUAUAAAUUUAACGCCAAUCGCACAUCGUAUCCACAUAAUAACGGGUAGAGAUUGUCAAUUAGAACCGGUGUUCGCAGUACGGGACUUGGCGGCACUUGGGGCUGAGCCAGAGGAGGGCUUUUGGCCACGAAAAUUACAACGAAUAGCCGGGUGAACAACACCACAUUUAAAGCAGUUGUGUUUGUAGUUACACCCUAAACAUUCAGCACCCCGGUGGAACUUGCGGCAAAACCCCCUAGGAACAAAGGGUCCAGCGACCGACAAGGACGAAUUGUUUGAACUCGUGCGCAUACUUGAUUGGGGUUUGCUCAAACGCGCAUGACCGAAAGUUUGUGCACGGAUCCAAAGUUCCCAGUGAGUAUAACCCCAAGGUAGUUCAGCCGGAUUGCUUUGCCGCAAGAGACGAAAUUGCGUGUCAUACAAACGCCAAUCAGCCCCUCGUGUGGCCAAAUCCCGCACUACCUCCCCGUAUUUCAUUAGUAUUGGGGCCUCCAAGGGAUAUUUUGCAGUGUAGACUCCAACGAAAAUUUGAAAAGCCGAAGUCCAUGCCUCGAUAUUGGGAAUGGCCUUCGGCUUGUGUGACGGUUCUAAAGAUAAAGCAGGGGGCGAGGAACCACCUUGAGAGCUCACAGACAAGUGAUACCGGGUAUCACCUGCCCCUGAGCUCAGUAAAACACCAAAAUCUAUAAAUUCGUGCGCCCAUAUUUUUGCUUUAACUUUAGCGCUAACAUUAGCAUCGAUGGGCACGCUAAUUGAGCAAAAUUUGGCGGAUCCCGACCCCGCUGACGGUGAGACGUUAAUAAAUUCGGUCUCACCUGUUAUGUGAUGCAAAGCAGAUGCUACCGGCCCAUGCAUAGUGGUAGCAUCUGCUAAAUUACGAAUAUUAUCGGACCCUACAACUAGAGGUACUUCUCUCUGUUCUGGUUCCAUGGACGGAGGUGCCGGGAGAGUUGGUUGACUUGCCCCAAACGACGCGAUGACGGCCUGUGACACAGCCGAGACAAUUCUCUGCAUCGCUUUCUCGGAGAGAUCAGGCGGUGUGAUGUUCGGCGACGCGGAUGGUGUAGCAGCCAUGGCAGGCGAUGUUUCGACCCUGGCUGCACUGGUUGCAGUUGUAGAUGCUGCUGUUGUCCGACGACGCCGCGAAGAGGCACUAGGUGCUGCUGCUGCUUGA